CAGCUCAGCCGGCCAGGGACCCAGGCGGCGUGCUGCGUGAAGACGAGCGCUGCGGGCGACACCCCGACCGAACGACGCCCACGCACUCCCGCCACCGCCACCUCCUCAGAUGGGCAACUCGGUGGCCGUCGCCAGCAGGUGCCUGGAGCGCAACAAGGAGCAGCGUGACAGUUACGUUGCCGAUGUACAGCUUGUGGCAGUCCGGCAGCGAACCGUUUCAGAUGGGGGGCGUUGUCCAUUGUUGCAACGCGAUAUAAAUUCGAAUCCUAUUAAUAUGGAUGGUGGAGAUGAGAAAAUUCGCUCCGCUACUCAACCGGAGACAUAUACCAAUAGGAUGAGCAUUAAUGGCGCCAGGAGCGCUGCGCCGACUGUCAAUGCUCCGAGCACCGACGGCGACGCCACAACGUUGAAAAUGUCGGACCUGCGACGCGACCGGCUGGGCCAGUGGACCUUUGGCGAUGGUUGCGACGCGGCCACGGGGCAGGUGCGCGGCCUGGACCACCUCCGAAACCCGGCCCUCAACAAGAGCUAUGAAAUGAAAAUAAAUUCAUCUGCUCAAAUUGAAACCGCUGUCCUGCAUAAUGAUGUUUUUUUGGAUGUGUCAUUUUUUGUGUGCAUUUACGGCAUAUCACCGCUGUCGAUGACUGCGGAAAAAUCAUAUUCAAUGACGAAUGUACAAUCUAACUUGGCAGAGUGA